AUGCUGCUGGAGUUGCCACUAGAGGAGUGGCAAGCAGCGGACCUGAGGGACGCGGGGGAGUGUGCGCGGGAGACGCUGGACCUACCGGGUGCUCGACCCGAGGGACACGGAUCUUACUCUGAGGGACCCGGGGAGAGCUGUGCCCGUGGCUCUGCUUUCUCUAUGCUCUGGGCUGCCCCCCCGCAUGAUAACCCUGAGAUGCUGCUGGAGUCCCCACUGGAGGAGUGGCAGGCGGCGGAUCGGAGGGAUGCGGGGGAGUGUGCGCGGGAGACGGUGGACCUCAUCAACCGCGUGCUCGAGUGUGUGUGUGGCUGUGUGCUUCCUUUUCUCCCUCCCUGUGACAAUGACCCCUCUCCCUGUCUCUCUGCUUGUCUCUCUGUGAAUUCUUGA